UGUGGUUCCGCUGCCAUCCGAGAAUACGAAUGCAUGCUUGCGUCGAUCGUGGCUGCCACAUCGGCGGGGUCCGCCCGCACGAAGGAAUGCGUCGAGUUGACGCGUGACGCGUGACGCGUGACUCGUGUGAGUCACAUGACUCUCGUUCGCUGCACCUCUAUCGUCGCCAUCGCCGCGCACCGCAUUGCUGCCACCCCGCCAGGCGCGGAUGGGGUUGCUAUCGCUGGUGAAGCGGAAGCCCGCCGCAAAGAAGGAUGCCCCCGACUCCGCCGACGCGCACGCCGCUGGCCCCCCGGGUGCGGAGCAGCCGCCGCCAGUCGUGGCGGAUGCGGCGGCGGAGGGUCUGGUGCGCAAGGUGGGGAUGGCGGCGCGGGAGGCGGCGAAGGAGGCGGCGAAGGAAGCGGCGAAGGAAGCGGCAAAAGGAGCGGGGGAAGAGGCGGCGGGGGAGGCGUCGGGGGAGGCGGAGCACACGGUGCGGAUUCUGGGGAAAGCGUACGAGAGCGUGCAGGCGGCGUACAGCAUGGGGCGCGAGCUGGGGCGCGGGCAGUAUGGCGUGAUCCGCGCGUGCGUGGAGCGCGCGACGGGCGCCGCGUGGGCGUGCAAGAGCCUGAGCAAGGCGCGGCUGGCGGGCGCGCGCGAGGUGGAGGACGUGCGGCGGGAGGUGCGCGUGAUGCAGCAGCUGGCGGGGCACCCCGCUGUGGCGGCGCUGCACGCCACGUUCGAAGACGUGAAGGGCGUGCAUCUGAUAAUGGAGCUCUGCGAGGGCGGGGAGCUCUUUGACCGCAUCCGCCGCUGCAAGCAGUACCCCGAAGCAGACGCGGCGGCGGUGUGCCGCACGCUGCUGUCGGUGGUGGCGCACCUGCAGCGCCACGGGCUCAUGCACCGCGACCUCAAGCCCGAAAACAUCCUGCUCGUGUCGCCCGCCUCGCACACCCACGUCAAAGUCGUCGACUUCGGCCUCGCCAUCGCCGUCAAGCCAGGAGCGCGCCUGACGGCGAUGGCAGGCAGCAGCUACUACAUCGCGCCGGAGGUGCUGGCGUGCUGCUACGGCGUUGAGGCCGACAUGUGGAGCGUGGGUGUGGUGCUCUUCAUCCUGCUGGCGGGCGUGCCUCCCUUCUGGGCGGCCAGCGAGCCGGGCAUCUUCGCGGCCAUCAAGGAGGGGCGCAUCGACGUCUUCAGCGGCGUGUGGGCGGGGGUGUCGGCGGACGCCAAGGACCUCGUGCUGCGCCUGCUCACGCGCGACCCCGCCAAGCGCAUCACGCCCGACAAGGCGCUCGCGCACCACUGGUUCAAGUCCUUCCGCUCAGCCACCCCGACCUCUCCUCUUCCCUCCAAGGCCUCCGCCACACAUGCUCCCACGCAUGCCACGUCAGCUGCUGACCUGGCGGCUGUGGGCGUUUCAGGCGCGGGCAGGGCGAGCACGGGAGGGGCAGGCAGAGAGCGGGCGGUGGGCAGGGAGAGGGUCGGCGUGGGUAGCCGCAGCGGGCGAAUGAGAGUGGCGCCGAGCACGAGUGUGGAGGGCUCAGGGGGCAGCGCGGAGAGGGGGAGCAUGGCGAGGGAUGAGGGGCAGCGGUCGCCUCGAGGCAGCGCGCGGAGAGACGAGCGCAGAGAGGGUAGUACGCGUCUGGCGCGGUAUAAGUCGGAGGAUGUGGGGAGGAUGCUGAGGGGAGGAGGGGGUGGAAGGGAUGGGCUGGGAGGAACAAUGGAGGAGGUGUGGGAGGCGAUGCAGCGAGAGAAGAGGCGAGAGGCGGGGCAUGCAGGGAGAGAGGAGGAUAGAAGAUCACGCGACAGGGAGAGGUGGCGAGGGGAGGAGAGGGAUAGGAGCAGGGAUAGAGAUGGGGAUAGGGAGAGGGAGAGAGAUAGGGAUGGAGAUAGGGAUGGAGGUAGGGAUGGAGAUAGGGAUAGGGAGAGGAAUGGUGACUGGUAUUGGGAGAGGGAUAGGGACAGGGACAAAGAGAGGAAUAGAGAUAAAGAUCAGCAGAGGGAUAGGGGAAGGGACAGGAAAACGGAGAGAGAUGGGGACAGGGAUGGGGACAGGGAUAGGGACAGGGAGAGGGACAGGGAUAAAAAUAGGGACAGGGACUGGGACAGUGAUAGGGACAGGGAUAGCGAUAGGGAUAGAGUGAGAGAGGGGGAGAGAGAUGGAGACAGUUUUCGAGUACGGGAUAGUGAGAGGGCGCAGAGGAGAAGCUUGGACUUUGACUGUGAGCGGGAGCAGCAGCGGCGAGAGAGAGACAGGGUCAGGGACAGAGUGUGCGAGAGGGAUCGUGGCAGGGAUGGGGACAGCAGUCGGGAUAGGCACAGAGAGUGGGAGAGGGACAGGGAGAGGGACAAGGAUAGGGAUAGGGAGUGCGAGGCGAGGGGGGAAGGGGAGAGGGAACGGAAGAGGGCAAGUGCGAGCAGUGUGGACGAGGGAGGGCAUGGCAGGGGGCGCAGUGGAGGGGGGGUGGGAGAUGGCGAGAGGGACCACCUCUUGCGGCCAGUGGGCAGUGGCAGGGGGCGCGCGGCCGUCACUGCGGGCGGACUGGGAGGGGAGGGGCUGGGGGGUGGUGGUGGUGGUGGUGGUGGUGGUGGUGGUGGUGGUGGUGGUGGUGGUGGUGGUGGCAGAGGGUUGCAGCGGAUCAGGUCAGACGUGAGUGGCAUGCUGGCGGCCAUGGACCGGACCCACGCCCACCCCGACACCCACUCCCCUGCACCCCCCCUCCGCGCGCGCCGCUCCCCUCUCGCCAGCCCCGACACCUCCUCUGCUGCCUUCCCCCUUCCCCGCCCGCGCCCCUCGCGGCGCUCGCACUCACGGCUCUCCCACGACCUGGACGCCGAGGGGGAGGCGGGCACGGGCAUGGGCAGGGACGUGCGUGCACACGGCGAGGCUGACGCAGAGUGGGGCGGGGCGGGCAGGGGCGUGCCGCGCUCUAAAUCCACCGAGGUGCUGCGGGGGUUGAGGGCAGGGUGCGGAGGUGGGUUGCAAGGGGAGGACAGGGAGGACAGGGAGGGGCGGAGGAGGGUGCGGGGCGAGGAGGGGGAGGAGGGCGUGGAGGGGAGAGGAGAGGAGGAAGGUGGUAGUGUGAGUGGGAGGAGGAGGGGCCUCCAGAGGUCGCCCUCCCCUGAGCGGGCGUUGGAGGAGCGGAGAGAGGAGGUGGCGGGGCGAGGCAGGGGCAGCACCAGUGGCAGCAGCAGGGAGCAUGAGCCCAGCAGCACUCGCCCCUCCCACCCCCCCAGGCUGCCCCCGGCGGGCGACCAGCACCGGCGCUACCGCAGCACGGGGGACGUGUUCUCUGACCUGGGGGGCGCGGACGCCCAUGCGCCCCCCGCCUGCACGCCCCCCUUGGGCACCACGCCCCGCUCCCCCUCCCGCCCUCCUGACUUCCCCCCGCGCCCGGGGCUAGCUCAAGGCAGAGGCAAAAGUGGGAGGGAGGAGGAGGGUGGGAGUGAGAGUGGCGACUGGAGGGAUGGUGUGGGGCGAGCGAGUGAGCGUGCCAGGCACAGCAGGUGUGCAUCGGUGGGGGUGGAAGGCAUGGGGCGCAGGGAAGGGGGCACGCAUGGGGAUGGGGAGGAGGGGAGCGAGGCUGAGGACGACAGGUGGGCUGGUGAUGGCUUGAGGGGUGUAGCAGCAGAGAUGGCAGCAAGUUCGCAUGGACGUGGUGGUGUGCGCCGAGGGGAAGUGGGUGCAGGGGGGAGGGAGCAGGUGAGCAGCGGUGCGAGUGGGGGGGGGCUGGUGCGCCACAGAUCGGUGAACGUGGCGUCGCUGCUGCACCGCCGUGCUGCCAGCGACCCCACAUCCCCUGUGGCGGCCGCCAAGCCGUGCACCUUGAAGGGACGCACUGAUACACCCAGGACCGCUAGCCCUGGCCGUGAUGGCAGCAAUGGCCUCGCGUGCCCAUCCCUGCAUGACGCUGCUGCCUCGCCCUCCACUGCCGCCUCUGCCGCUGCACCCCGUGCCCGCUCCCCGCUUCCACUGCCACCCUUCGGCCCCACCAGCACCACACCCGCACCGCCCACCGCACACGCCUCGGGGCGGCGUCUGUCCCCACUGCCCCUCCACCAGUCCACCAACGUGGCGCGCCUGCUGCUUGACUCCCACUCGCCCGAAUUGCUCUCCCCCACUCGCCACUCCCCCACGCAUGCCCGCACUGCCGCCACACCGGCCUGUGCACUUGCCGCGCUGCCCCCCCAGCGUGCGCGGCGCAGCAGCGUGGACCUGGACGACCUCGUCCGCCACGGCCGUGCGCGCUGCCCGCCCGACGCACAGCGCUCCGCGUCCGCCGUGGGUGGGCACGGGCGGGGAGGGGAGGACGGUGACAGCUGUGGCGGCAGCAGCCCGGGAGGGGGCAGCGGCAGUGGUGGCGGGAGUGGGCGCGGCAUGCGAGGCAGCAGGGGAAGAGCGGUGCAAGGAGCAGAGGGAGCAGAGGGGGGCCAGCGACACAGGCGGAGCUUCAGCCAGGCUCAGAGUGCCACAGGCAGUGCAGGGGGAAGGGGAGGGGCGGUGGCAGGGCAGGGGCACAUGCGCAGCAGCAGCAGCAGCCACCUGAUGCCGCCCUUGCAUGGCAGCAGAGGCACGGCAGGCAGGGCGGAGGACAGAGAGGGCUCCCCGCUGAGCCGAGGGGGCAGGGGGGAGCGCAGUGGGCGGGGGGAGGAGGGUGCAGAGCUGUAUGGGGGGGAUGAGGAGUGGGGCAGGGGGCACGCGGCGAGAGGACAGGGCCUGAGGCCCGUUGAGUCGGUGGGUGGGGGGAGCGCGAGCAAGGGAGGUGGAGGCAGGCUGACACGGUAUCGAUCAGCAGAUGUGGCCUCCCUUCUCCCCUGACCCUCCCUCCCCUCGCUCUCUCUCGUGCUGUGCCACUCUGAUGCAUCGCUGCCCACUGCCUCUCGUCAGAAGCAGUCUGCUCAACAAAUUGCACCUCCAAACCAAGGCCUAUUUUAUCAGAGCAAUUUACUCUUUCUCUGAAAAUCUGAGUCGUUCUUUUAAACUACUCUAAGAGCCCUGAGUAAAAAAAAUGAACCUAUUUUUUACUCUGAUUUUAUCCGAGUAAACCUUUGUACCACUCUGAUGGUCCGUGUAUAGGGGGCACCGUAUUGUUAAAAUUAUAUAAGUUAUAAUUUUAUAUAGGCUUGGUAGGUUGCUACUGAACCUUUCUGUAGGGGGUACAAACCCCUCCUUGUACUCCCUUCUCGUCCUAAUCCAACC